CGAAGUUUGUCCUACAGGCCGGAACCGGAAGUAUAGUGGGCCGGGCUCGGCGGAAAACGCAGCGGAGCAGCUGAGCCUGAGCCGGGACUCCGCUGUGGCGGCUGCUCCAGAUCACUGAUCGCGGUGGCUCCAGGCGGAAGGUCGGUGCGGAGGCUGGUGGGCGCGGAUCUCCCCCGGAGCUUCCGGGUGGCCGCCUCUCCGAGCCCCCCGGGCUCCUCGAGGGAUCAUGUCUACAGCCUCCGCCGCCUCCUCCUCCUCCUCGUCUUCUGCGGGUGAGAUGAUCGAAGCCCCCACCCAGGUCCUCAACUUCGAAGAGAUCGACUACAAGGAGAUCGAGGUGGAAGAGGUAGUUGGAAGAGGGGCUUUUGGAGUAGUUUGCAAAGCUAAAUGGAGAGCAAAAGAUGUUGCUAUUAAACAAAUAGAAAGUGAAUCUGAGAGGAAAGCUUUUAUUGUAGAGCUUCGACAGUUAUCCCGUGUGAACCAUCCGAACAUUGUAAAGCUAUAUGGAGCCUGCUUGAAUCCGGUGUGUCUUGUGAUGGAAUAUGCUGAAGGGGGCUCUUUAUAUAAUGUGCUGCAUGGUGCUGAACCAUUGCCAUAUUACACUGCUGCCCACGCAAUGAGUUGGUGUUUACAGUGUUCCCAAGGAGUGGCUUAUCUUCACAGUAUGCAACCCAAAGCUCUAAUCCACAGAGAUCUGAAACCACCAAACUUGCUGCUUGUUGCAGGAGGGACAGUUUUAAAAAUCUGUGAUUUUGGUACAGCCUGUGACAUUCAGACACAUAUGACCAAUAACAAGGGGAGUGCUGCUUGGAUGGCACCUGAAGUUUUUGAAGGUAGCAAUUACAGUGAGAAAUGUGAUGUCUUCAGCUGGGGUAUCAUUCUUUGGGAGGUAAUAACACGUCGGAAACCAUUUGAUGAGAUUGGUGGCCCAGCCUUCCGUAUCAUGUGGGCUGUUCAUAAUGGUACUCGACCACCACUCAUCAAAAAUUUACCUAAGCCCAUUGAAAGUCUUAUGACUCGUUGCUGGUCUAAAGAUCCUUCUCAGCGCCCUUCAAUGGAGGAAAUUGUGAAAAUAAUGACUCACUUGAUGCGGUACUUCCCAGGAGCAGAUGAGCCAUUACAGUACCCUUGUCAGUUUUCAGAUGAAGGACAGAGCAACUCUGCCACCAGUACAGGCUCAUUCAUGGACAUCGCUUCUACAAAUACCAGUAACAAAAGCGACACUAAUAUGGAGCAGGUUCCUGCUACAAAUGAUACUAUCAAGCGCUUAGAAUCAAAAUUGUUGAAAAAUCAGGCAAAACAGCAGAGUGAAUCUGGACGUUUAAGCUUGGGAGCUUCCCGUGGGAGCAGCAUAGAGAGCUUGCCCCCAACUUCUGAGGGCAAGAGGAUGAGUGCUGACAUGUCUGAAAUAGAAGCCAGGAUUGCUGCAACCACAGCCUAUUCCAAGCCUAAACGGGGUCACCGUAAAACCGCUUCAUUUGGCAACAUUCUGGAUGUCCCUGAGAUCGUCAUAUCAGGCAACGGACAGCCAAGACGUAGAUCCAUCCAAGACUUGACUGUUACUGGAACAGAACCUGGCCAGGUGAGCAGUAGGUCCUCCAGUCCUAGUAUCAGAAUGAUCACUACCUCAGGACCAACUUCAGAAAAACCAGCUCGAAGUCAUCCAUGGACCCCUGAUGAUUCCACAGAUACCAAUGGAUCAGAUAACUCCAUCCCUAUGGCUUAUCUUACACUGGAUCACCAGCUACAGCCUCUUGCACCAUGCCCAAACUCCAAAGAAUCUAUGGCAGUAUUUGAACAGCAUUGUAAAAUGGCACAAGAAUAUAUGAAAGUUCAAACAGAAAUUGCAUUGCUAUUACAGAGAAAACAAGAACUUGUUGCAGAACUGGACCAGGAUGAAAAGGACCAGCAAAAUACAUCUCGUCUGGUACAGGAACAUAAAAAGCUUUUAGAUGAAAACAAAAGCCUUUCUACUUACUACCAGCAAUGCAAAAAACAACUAGAGGUCAUCAGAAGUCAGCAGCAAAAACGACAAGGCACUUCUUGAUUCUCUGGGACUGAAAAAUUUUAUAAUAUGCAAAGAAAGACUUUUUUUAAGGAAGAAAAACCCUUAUGGUGACAAUUCUUGCGUGUUAGCUUUUUGGCGUGUUCUGAAUGCCAACUGCCUAUAUUUGCUGCAUUUGUUUCAUCACUUACUUUCCUUUCCUCAUCAUGGAUAUGCUGUUCAACCAUCUCCUUGUAUAACACGGGAGCAUCUGUGACAUGAGUAAGCAGCAGUUUUCAACUUCAAAUCAGAUGCAGUGAACUAUGGCUGUAUGUGCAUGCCCAUCGUGUGAAGGCUAGCCUAACCAGAACAGGGGUGUCAGACUCGCUGCUAUGUGCAAACAUUGCCUAUAUUUGAGGUAGAACCUCAAGUAUGAUUUUGUUCUUGUAUCUCAUCUCAAAAAAACCUAAUUUUUUUCCCCAAAAGUUGGUAUAUACCAAGUAAAGACAGGGUAUAUAAAUCAAGAAUAAUAGAUGGUACAUUAUACAAAUGCAGAACUUGUAGGAAUAGCUCACAGUGAGGGCUCUGAGGCCAGCAUCCUUGGAUUAGUACUGAAUUUAGUUCCAUCCAUAAACUAUUUAAAGGUAAGUGGUGGUGGCUGCUGUAUUUAACAAAAGCGUAUUUCAUUGAUUAAAAUUUGACUGUGAUACAUUGAACAAAAUGAAACUUUUCUUUAAAGGUAUGAAGAUUUUUAAUUUUGUGACUGUGUGUGUGUUGAAACUGUAAAACUUUUAUGACUCUAAUAUUAAUAUCUCUUAAAUGAAAUUAAAAGGUAAAUGAACUUGAUCCAGUUUAAAUGAUCAUUCCUUCCUGCAGUGAUUAUUGGAUUGUUUUAUUCUGUAUUUGAAAAACUGAACAGAAACAACAGAAUAUAGAAAUAAUUAUCCCAGCUAAAAGGCUUAGAGAUCUUUUUACAAUACAAAAUCUAUUAAAAAACCCCAGCAUAUUAGGGAAAGUUAGUAAGGAAAUUAAAGAAGUAAAUAUAAAUUUAAUAAGUACCCUAUUUAUCAAUAUUAGAAUAAUUGAUUUUCUUUGCAAGCCCUACAAUGCCUUCUGCCUUUCAACACUUUGAGGGAAUUUCAACACUACAAAGAGAAAAUUUAUAUUGUUAACAGUAACUUUGCUACCAUCUUUGAAAAUAAAAUAAAAUUUCAUUGAAGUAAUAGACAAUAUAUAAGCUCUAUUUUUUCAGUUGGUAUUAAAUCAACUUUGAUACCAGUACAAGGCAUCUUUUAAAUAAAGAUGUCAUCAACCUCAUUUUUAUAGCAAUGUUUUAUGAAGAGAAAAUUAAAAAUGAAAGCAUAAUCACUAUGAUUAUUAGAAUUAUAUCAUAGUUAUGUUGUAGUUUUGCUUUAUUUCAGAUUAGUUGAUCUAAGAGGUUAUCAAAACUGUUCUUAACAAUGCUAAAGCAGGUAAUUUUCUUUCAUUAGUUUUUCCUCCUCCCACUGAGUUUAUAUUGUAUUCCUGUGUAUACAAGCAAUAAAAGUAAAGAACAGUUUGUACUAAACUGUGUCAUUUUUAGCUUCUUAAAUCUUUUAUUAAAAAUACCGCUAUAACUUCAUGAGAAUUAUCAUUCCCAAACAUUAAUUUCAUAGCUAUAAAUGAGGUUUGGCUCAAUGUAUUAAUAGUUAAAUAAAGUUGGCACAGAAAGUAUCUGCAGAUUAACAAAGCAUAUAACUCACUCAUAGCCUUGCUUGGCAAUCCAUCUGGCACUCCAUCUAACAGGAUCUAGUCAGUGUUCAGAUACUUCCCUAGUUAUAUCAGAGCGUGAGACAGCCAAACGUGGAGACUACAGCUUGACUUUCCCAUUAGGAUUUAGCAUGAUAGGUUUUAGAUUUUAUUUCUAGUCAUUAUAUGUUUUUGCUAUAUCAUUAUAUACUUUAGAGAAAGUAUUGUUUUUAUUACAUGCAAUCGUGUCAUAAAAAUACCUGAAAAGUUAAAUGGAAGAGGAGAGUCUCAUGGUACCAGAUGGAAAGAAAAGGCUGUUGACCAGUUGCUUGUUUGUUUACACUAAGUUCCUUCAGAUUUUCAGUACUAUUUUCCUGAAUAUUGAGUACAGUUCAGCCUUACUUAGUAUUUAAACAGUUGUGUGGCCAAGCUUUUACUUUUAAAAUCCUGUUUAUCCUUGAUGAUAGACUAAGAUAGCAAGGAUCAGCAAAAUUCACAGCCAGAGUCUUCAGUGUUCUCACCAGUCUUUAAAGAGAUGUUAUCAUGGAGCCAUAGCUUUGUAUUAAUUUUGUUUUUGCUGUUUAUUCUAACCCUCUCUUGUUGAGUGGAAAUAGCAAACACACAAGCAAGUUGGUAAAAAGCCCCUAUCUUAGAAAUUCACAUACAUCCCUGAAAAACCCUAAUUGCAUUUUAUUCUUGCCUCCAGGGAAAGAAAACAAAGCUUUUAUCUAAUCUAGGGGAAAAUACCCUCAGUAGUAAAAAUAGCUUUUUUGACUCAAAUAAAAAUAAGAAUAUUAACCUGAUAGCAACACAGUAUAUUGAAGAAAUUUGUUUAAAAACUGUUUACAAAUGUUUGACUAUUUUUGCUGAAGUAUUAUAAAGUAUUGAAUGUCUUUUUCUUCAUAAGUUUCUCUUAUGCUCCUACUUUUCCGACUGCCUAUAGCCAGAGAUCACAGGGCCUUCCCUGUGAAACUUUCUCUGUUAAGUGUAUGUGGUUUUCAGAGUCAGCUCCUCUCUUUCAAAUGGUAGGAAGUUCUACUCUGUCAUUCAGAACAUUUUAUGUAAAAUGAUAUAAUGCAGAAAUCCUUACGCAUACUGUAUAACUGAAGGAAGCGUUUUAGAUUUAUUUUUGUUUGUAAUAAAAUUCAGAUUGUUAUUCUAAACUUGUUCAUAA